UCAGGCAAAAAAUAAAAGACUUUCUAAUUUGAAAAAAAAAAAGAGGAGAGCAGAAGAAAAAGAAGCAGCGAUUGUGGUGAAGCCUCCGGUAGGCGCGUGGACUGUCAUACUACAAGAGAGAUUCUCCGGUGAGCUUUGUCUCGUUGUUGUCGUUCUCCGGUGGUCGGAGGAUCGGACGGAGCGGCGGCGAGUUUCGAGCGAGAUUGGCUGGAGGAAGAAAAAUGGUGAAGGAGACUGAGUACUACGACGUGCUUGGCGUCAGCCCCAAUGCUACAGAGGCCGAGAUCAAGAAAGCUUAUUACAUCAAGGCGCGCCAAGUACAUCCAGACAAAAACCCUAAUGAUCCUCAGGCGGCACAUAAUUUCCAGGAUUUAGGAGAGGCCUACCAAGUGCUAAGUGAUCCAGCACAACGUCAAGCUUAUGAUGCACAUGGGAAAUCGGGGAUCUCGACUGAUGCUAUCAUUGAUCCUGCGGCAAUAUUUGCGAUGCUUUUCGGUAGUGAACUUUUUGAAGAAUACAUAGGGCAGCUUGCAAUGGCAUCAAUGGCUUCACUUGACAUCUUCACUGAAGGGGAGCAGCUCGAUACCAGAAAGCUGCAAGAAAAAAUGAGGGCUGUCCAGAAGGAAAGAGAAGAGAAACUUGCUCAGAUUCUUAAGGAUCGCCUUAACCAAUAUGUACAAGGAAACAAAGACGAGUUUGUUAGUCAUGCUGAAGCUGAAGUAUCCAGGCUUUCAAACGCAGCAUAUGGUGUGGAUAUGUUGAACACAAUUGGGUAUAUAUACGUACGAACAGCAGCAAUAGAGCUUGGGAAGAAAGCUUAUCUUCUCAUGGUACCAUUCCUUGCUGAAUGGUUCAGGAAGAAAGGUCACUUCAUCAAAUCCCAAGUAACAGCAGCAACUGGUGCAUACGCUUUGUUCCAGCUGCAGGAGGAAAUGAAAAGGCAGCUCAGUGCUCAAGGAAAUUAUACAGAAGAGGAACUUGAGGAAUACCUGCAAUCCCAUAAGAAAGUGAUGAUUGAUUCCUUGUGGAAGCUCAAUGUUGCUGAUAUUGAAGCGACUCUUUCCCGUGUUUGUCAGCUGGUACUUCAAGAUCCCAACGUUAAGAAAGAGGAGCUUCGUACAAGAGCAAAAGGGUUGAAAUCUUUGGGGAAGAUCUUCCAGAGGGCCAAAUUAGCUAGUGGAGCUGAGAAUGAUCCUUUGCUAAGGACAGAGACUCACAAGAUAAACGGUAACGAUGGAGAUCAUGAUGAUGCCUCUUCAUCACCGAAAUCUUCCAAAUCCGAUGAAGCAUCUCACUCUACAUUUGGACCUCAGGAGCCUCAAAGUCCAUAUGUUGAAGCACCUCGGUUCGGAGAUCAAGAAUUCAACUUUCAGUUCCCGAGACCCGCACCGCCACCUGGCGCACAGAGACGCUCUUAGAUAGAGGACUGAUUCGCAAUCCGAGGUAUCAAACCCUGGCUAUUACUUGGAUCAACAUAUAUAUCAUACCCUUGUACUAUAAUGUAUAAACUAAGCCUUUAGCAUAUAUUGUUAUUGCAUUUGGAUGAUAUAAUGUAAUGUUUUGAUGCCAUAUUAUUCUGUGAAUCUGGUGUGAGUGGGUUUGGUUGUUGUUGGAAGAAAUUAUUGGUAUGAACUCUGGAGAGCACAUGAAAACUCAUGUCUUUGACAACACAUGAUUGGUGUGUUGUGUUGUGUUA